CCCUCAUUUCUACUCCUUUUCAUGCUCACUUUAUCUUUUCAGUUUUCCUUUCUCACUCUCUCUCUCUCUCUCUCUCUCUCUCUCUCUCUCACAUACGGACAAAGUUGGAUUUGUUCUGCUUCUCAUUAUGAACAUUUCUAUGGGAUUUUCUUGUGAGGGUGAUUAUGAUGCAAAUGAAAGCGAAGUUCCACUGAUAGAUGAAAGCAGAGACGCAAGAUACAGGGUUGGUAUGGAUUGGCACCAUCUUGAGGUUGAAGUGGACAUGGAUUUCUGGCCAGUUGAACACCCAAUGGAGCCACCGGAUGAAGAUCGACCAGUGAAAUGUCCAAUGCCUGAUUCUACUGUUAUCAAUUGUGAGAAAAGAAUUUCAUAUGAACAGGAAGGAGGUGUGAAUGAGAAAAGGAUUGGUGAAAGCUUGAGAAAAAGAGCAGAAGCGACUGUGCCAGCAGCUGUGAACAGACAAAGAGUGGUUGCUGUGGAUGCAGAGCCUCCUGUUCGAGCAGUACGAAAAAGGCACCACACUCUCACCCGUGGAGACUAUAUUAUGACCCCUACAAUGAGAACACCCUCUCUGCCACCUCUCCCAAACCAGAACAUUACCAUCUUUCAAAUGCUCCAGCAGUUUGACAAGUUUGAGUCUGAAUAAACUAUAAUGAAUGAUUUGGUUCAAAACUUUGUUCGUAUAAGCUUUUCAUAGCCCAUUAUUAGGAAGCCAUGAUACAUUCAUCUUGAUUAGCAAAUGGUGUAGCUGCUUCAGAACAAGAGAAAUUCUAGAUGUAGCAAGGAGUACUUUGUAAUUCUACAGCUGUUUUGUUAUCAUAUUUUGUAUAUUAUCAUCAGAACUUGUUGCAGCUUAUAUUACUUAUAAUAUGGCAAAGAUUUUAUGCUUAAAUUUACA